CACACAUUAUCCACAUAUAUUUAUUCCCACUCCGAAUCUCAUCCACAACUGGAAUAAACAUAUCUAUAACGUAUUUAUUUGUGUACAUUUCUAAUAUAUACCAUCCUUACAUCCGUUCAGUGGAACGAUGAGUCUAAGGGAUCUCAAUCUGACGAAGGAGCAGAUGCUAAAGCUUCAGCAGAUACUGGCAGAGGAAAUCAAGGACGAAAGCCAGCAGGAUCAGAAGGAGCUAUCGAAAGAAAGGAACAUAGCCAAGGCCCUGGAUAAUGUGCAAGUCUAUGUGGAGGCUGGUAAGCCAGAGGCUUUUGUCCAGCUGGAACAGCCGCUAUUGCACAAAUUUGACAUCACGCCAAAUGGAGUGGCCACUGGAUCUUCGGAAUCGAAUAUGUUCAAGCGGGCAGACGCCAAGGAAAUUGAUCGCUGGAAAUCGGACAAUGUGCUCAAGCUGGAUUGCAUUUCAGACGAGGACCGCGAGCAAUUAGGCCACAUUCAAACCGACGAAAGUACUGGCGAAACGUUCAUGCUCGUGCCCAUGGAGAUAAACGUACUCAUCGACGAAGCCGACAUAACUCCUGAUGCCUCCACAAAGCGUAUCACCGAACAGGACGCCUACAAGAAGGCGAAAGCUGGACACACCCUCUAUAUGCACCACGAAGACGAGCAUCCUUGCAAGUCGCCACAGGCCAACGGUUUGGAUCAGAAUCCUCAGGCUCAACAGACUAGCCCGGCUGCGGCAGAAAAUCAGGCCAACUACGACUACCACGUGCACACUUUCGAGGUGCCCAGAUUGAGUUUUCCCUUUGAACUCAAGUUUGACUCUGGUGAGAAGAAAUGUGAGGGUGGCAAAGUGGCUAAAUCAGGCGAGGUCUCGGGAAAUCCAGAUCACGACGCAAAUCCAGCAUCAGCUAAGCAUCAGGACGUCCAAAUAAAUUAAAGGAAGUAAAGUGCAAGCUAGAUGCAUCAACGUCAUUAAGGAAACCAUUUAGAACAAAAUUACUCACUAGUUUUCCUAACUUGGUCCCUCUCUUUGGCUAAAUCUUUGUCUUAAAUAUUAAAUAUUUCGUGAAACUAAGUACAAA